AUGCCUCUUGAUAAGCUGCCAAACGAGCUCCUAUGGGCCAUUGCGGAGAAACUCAACUCCGCAAAGGAUAUCAAUGAUAUUGUGAGAGCCUGCCAUCAUACCUAUUUUCACCUGAACCCUUACCUCUAUUCCUUUCACGUUCGCAACCAGCAUGGUGCAGCCUUGACCUGGCUUGAGGACGACCAGCUUGAAGCAGCUCGAAAAUUGAUCGAUGCUGGUGCUGACUCAAAUGCAGUUCGAGGUGACCUAGGCUUGACUCCUUUAGAAAUUGCUGCCAGAGAGGGUCGGCCUCAGAUGAUGAAACUCCUCAUCGAAAGUGGGGCAAGGUAUCCAGCUGGGUCGACGGCUAUACAUUUCGCUGCAAAGCAUGGUCACCUGACCGAGACGAAGUUACUCCUAGAUCUGGGUGUCGAUGUUAGCUCGAAAGAUAAAGAUGGCCUUUCCGUUCUCAUGAACGCUGUAUCUGGAUAUAACCUGGAUAUCAUCAGAUUAUUGAUUCAAGACUAUGGCGCCGAUGUUAACGAAAUGUGCGCCACGCCUUCGACUAGUCGCAGUACCCCAUUAUACCAGGCACUCAGUUCACUUGAACUUUGGGAAAUGACCGAUGAGGCUCUCAAAGCUCAACAAGAUACCGUAAUGGCCUUGAUAGAUCUGGGUGCCGACAUCCAUGUGGGUCUUGGUCCCGAAUGGGGUCAUGGUUCCCCCCUAUAUCUGGCUUCAGCAGCCGACCAGGUGGGUAUUGUGAAGCGGUUGCUUGAAAUGGGUAUCAGUACAGAUGAGCUGAAUGAUAACUUAGACGUUAUCAAUAUGGCGAGCCGUAAUCCAUACAUUGCCGCCCUCAUGUUCCAGCAUCAAGGUGUAGUUGAUCUUUUGAAACCAUUUUGGCCUCAUAAGAAUCCCGACGUGGGGAAGCUUCUGGACUGGAAUCCAUGCAAUCUUGACGCAAGACAAUACUACAAACUCACGUUUAAUAAAUAUGGCACCGAGACUAUCCCUAUCAAAGCUGCGCUUUAUUUAUGA